AAUACAAUAGUUUAAAAAGACCAUCAAAAUGAUCAGUCGAAUUGUCAUAGUCUGCCUUUUGGCACAUUUGGUGCACAACGCUGUCCUUGGAGCUCCAGUAGAACGCUCACAACUUCUUUCGUCAAUCCAAGAAAUUCAACGAAAGUACGGAUCAAUGGAAAAUGAGGAAACGCCAUCCAAAGAAAAAAUCGGUUCUGAGUUGGAGAACAUAAAUGACGGCAAACCGGAAGUUGACGUAGACAAUAUAGAAAACAUGGAUUCGAUGGUGGAAAGCGUUGAAAAUGAAACUCCCAAAGAUUCAUUACGCAAAACUAAAACGCUCAAGUCAAAGCUGUUCGAAGACCUCACCGCACAGGGUACCCAGAGAAAGAACAAAAUGUACGGAUUUUACGGAUAUUACCCGCAGCCAACCUAUCCACAGCCAUCCUAUCCACAGCCAACCUAUCCACAGUCAAACUAUCCACAGCCAACUUAUCCACAACAAAUGGCUUAUCCGUCCUACUAUCCGCUGGAGUACUAUGAUGACUAUGUUCCUCUCGAAAACUAUCCAAACGUCAACUCACUAGUCAAUCUUCAAAAUUACCAACAGAACAUGGCGGCAUACCAGAACAUGGCAGGAAUUCAGAGUCUGAACGGUUAUCAACUGCCAAACGUCCCGUCAACUAGCAUUCCUAAUCUGAACAAUUUGGAUAACCACCAAGCGUCGCAGGACUAUCAAAGUAUUGGUGGAUACUCAAACAAUGAAAACAUGGAAGAUGAAGAAAUCUUGUCUCGUACCAACCAAGGUGUUCGCCGCCGUCCCAACCAAAAAAAUUCACCAAUUUACUACAUCCGUUUGCCUCCAACUCCGUACAUGUUUGUUCCUGGGCUCGGAUACAUCUCGCAGCCUCCAACAAUCCAGCCAAUGACUCCAGCCGUUCCUCAGUACCCACAGUUGGCUCCACCAGUAAACAUGAGUCCUUUCUACAACUUGCCCCUCAACUUUGUGUCUAAUGGCAAGCCGUCCGGAAUCUAUCAGUGGGGAGGAGCGCCAUCUCCUGCUCCAAUGCCUCAACCGGCGUACGCUUUGCCAUAUCCUGUCGCGCGACCACCACCAGGUCGUCCUGCUUUCAGGCCUAAUCCAUUCGUGCAGGACUCCAAGAUCACACACCUAAAAGGACCGUUCAUCUUCAACGGCAGACCAGAAGAAAUUUUCCUGCUACAAAAUUCAAUCAAUCCUUUCUUCCAGUCACCAAUGAAUCAAAUCAGCCCUAUGAAUGGCUAUUACUAAAAUGUGUUAAGAUUUUAUUGUGUACUCAAGACAAUGGAAUACUAAGCAAGUCAUGUGGUGGGUUUCGUAUAUCUUAUUUCCACUGGUGUUAUUGAUUAAAAAUGCAUGAUUCCCCUCAUUUUGCCAACGUUUUAGUGAUUUAUCAUGAUUGGGAAUGAUGCGCAAGCUUUCAGCGUUUUCAGCUAUACAUAGUUGAUUUGAAUAACACA